AUGCCAAAAUGGUCACAAAAAGUCCGGUCUGCGAUCGAGAACCUAGGGAGUCAGGCAAAAAAGCGGAAAAUAUCAGUAGAUAAAGAAAAUAGUCAUCCAGUAGACAUAGCUUCGAGUUCUGUAGUAGCUUCAGGCUGUGAAACCACUUUUCCAUUCAAUUCUACACCUUCGAAGUCUAAGCUCCCAGUUGAGAUUGUUCUGUCAGCCUCAGGUCAGGUUUUUGUGCAACUCAAGAACAAUGGUGCCGCUAUGGACUCAGAGCGCAGCCACACUGCCGCUAUGGUCUCGGAGCGCAGCCACACUACCGCUAUGGACUCAGAGCACAACCACACAGCUACUAUGGACUCGGAGCACAGUACCCACCUUCAAGUAAAUGCAAAUUUGUCUGAAGAAUCCUCACUUGCAUUGCAGGACUCAGUGGAUAUGGAUUUGGAGUAUAGUGAUGUGGCAGAAUCAGAGUGUGAGUCUAACUUGGAUUUGGAUUGCCGAGACCACGAGAGUGUAACGUGGGACCGGUUGAAGGCUUUGAGGAUUUCGAUGAGCACGCAGCCACAAUGA